UCUAGAAGUCUGAAUUACAUACAGUUCAGAUUGUUUUUCGCUUCUUCCCUUGCAGAAACCAUAACCAAAGCACCCAUGGCUUCAACCCAUGAUGAUGCAAAAUCCAUUAAUGUCCAAGACAAAGAGGAAGAAAAUUUUGCCUUCGCCAUGCGAUUGGCCAGAGCUUCUGUGCUUCCCAUGGUGUUGAAAGCAGCAAUAGAGCUCGACGUGCUCGAGAUCAUAUCUUCAGCUGGCCCUGAUGCAUAUCUCUCGCCUUCAGAGAUCGCAUCACAACUGCAGACAUACAACCCAGAUGCGUCAACCAUGAUCGACCGUAUGCUGCGUCUCCUUGCUUCUUGUUCUGUUCUGAACUGCUCUCUUGUCAAACGUGAGAAUGGUCAAGUAGAAAGGUGCUAUGGCUUGGCACCCGUCUGCAAAUUCCUCACCCGGAACCAGGAUGGAGUCUCGAUUGCCCCUUUGCUUCUACUGCUUCAGGACAAAGUCUUUAUGGAUAGUUGGUAUCAUUUGAGAGAUACUGUUAUUCAAGGUGGGAUUCCUUUUAAUAAAGCCCAUGGGAUGUCUGCUUUUGAAUACCCUAGAAUAGAUUCUCGGUUCAACAAAGUUUUCAAUAAGGCAAUGUCAGAUGCCACAGUUAUAGUCACGAACAAGAUUCUUGAAACAUACAAGGGAUUUGAAGGUCUCAAAGUGGUGGUUGAUGUUGGAGGUGGAAUUGGAGUUGCACUUAACUUAAUCACAUCUAAGUAUCCUCAAAUUAAGGGUAUUAAUUUCGAUUUGCCUCAUGUUGUGGCAGGUGCAUCAUCUUAUCCUGGUGUGGAACAUGUUGGAGGGGAUAUGUUUGAAAGUGUCCCACAGGGAGAUGCCAUUUUUAUGAAGCUCAUACUUCAUGAUUGGAGUGAUGAACAUUGUUUGAAGCUAUUAAAGAACUGUUGGAAAGCUCUUCCAAAGUCUGGAAAGAUUAUCAUUGUGGAAUUGAUUCUUCCAGAUCCAGAGGCUCCUGAUGAGAUUAAAAUGUUCUCUGACACUACCUUCACAGAUUUAAUAAUGUUAGCUCAAAAUCCCGGAGGAAAAGAGAGGUCAUACAAAGAAUUUGAGGCUCUGGCAAUGAGCUCUGCAUUUUCAAGUUGUGAAAUGGUUUGUAGGGCUUAUAAUUAUCGUGUUUUAGAGUUCUGCAAAUGAUAAGAUUGUUUGUUUUGCAAAAGCUUGUGUUUGUGUGUCAUGGAAUCCAAAUUUUACAACUGAAUUCGGAUUUAAGGGAUGUUAAAGGAAUCCAAAUAUUAGAGAACUGAAUCGAUUCAGAUAAAGGGAUGUCCGAACUGAAUUUAAUGUGCUUUCAACUUUAUUCCUA